AUGUCCGCAACUGGGAGCGCAACCGUCGCCAAGCACAGCGUGGACACGCCCGCCACGCCGGUGCAGCACAAGCAGGCGGCGCCUGCUCCCAGCAACUACAAGGGCUUCGUCGCCGGUGUUUUCUCAGGCAUUGCCAAGCUGAGUGUCGGCCAUCCCUUCGACACUGUCAAGGUCCGCCUGCAGACCUCCGAAGCAACCCAAUUCCGCGGCCCGCUUGACUGCGUGCUGCAGACCGUACGCAAUGAGGGCGUGCGCGGCUUGUACAAGGGCGCGACCCCACCGCUGGUCGGCUGGAUGGCAAUGGACUCGCUAAUGCUCGGUUCGCUCACCGUUUACCGCCGCCUCCUCCGCGAGAACGUUUUCACAAAUCACGAGAAGCUGCCUACGCUAGGGCACGGCAUUGCGGGAAUUGGCGCCGGUUGGACCGUGAGCUUCAUCGCAGCGCCGGUGGAACACGUCAAGGCGCGGUUGCAGGUGCAAUAUGCGGCGGAUAAGGCGAAGCGCCUGUACAGCGGUCCGAUAGAUUGUGCGAAGAAGCUGUUCCGGAGCCAUGGUCUUCCCGGUCUCUAUCACGGUCUUUGCGCCACUCUCCUCUUCCGCACAUUCUUCUUCUGCUGGUGGGGAUCCUACGAUCUCUUCUCACGCUUCUUCUCCAAACACACCAACCUCUCCGCUCCCGCCAUAAACUUCUGGGCUGGCGGUUUGUCUGCACAAAUAUUCUGGAUUACAAGCUAUCCGUCUGAUGUUGUCAAGCAAUGGAUCAUGACCGAUCCGCUUGGCGAGGGCAGGAAGUUCCCGCGAUGGAGAGACGCAGCGAAGGCUGUGUACAGGGAGAAGGGAUGGAAAGGAUACUGGAGAGGCUUUGUGCCUUGCUUCCUGAGGGCUUUCCCAGCAAACGCAAUGGCUCUUGUUGCGUUUGAGGGUGUCAUGAGGUUCCAGGGCGCUGGAAACUAG